GGCUCCGCGAGCGGACUCUCUAUCCCUUGUGGGUCCCUGUUCAGCGCCCGGCCGUGUGUAGAGCCGGGAGCCAAUCCGGGCCUCCGAGGCGAAGAUGGUGGACUACAGCGUUUGGGAUCACAUCGAGGUGUCGGACGAUGAGGACGAGACGCACCCCAACAUCGACACGGCCAGCCUCUUCCGCUGGCGGCACCAGGCCCGAGUGGAGCGCAUGGAGCAGUUUCAGAAGGAGAAGGAGGAACUGGACCGGGGCUGCCGUGAAUGCAAACGCAAGGUAGCUGAGUGCCAGCGCAAGCUGAAGGAGCUGGAAGUGGCGGAGGGCAGUGGCCAAGUGGAGCUUGAGCGUCUGCGAGCUGAGGCACAGCAGCUGCGCAAGGAGGAGCGAAGCUGGGAGCAGAAGCUGGAGGACAUGCGCAAGAAGGAGAAGAGCAUGCCCUGGAACGUGGACACCCUCAGCAAAGAUGGCUUCAGCAAGAGCAUGGUCAAUACCAAGCCUGAGAAGGCAGAGGAGGACUCAGAGGAGGCGAGAGAGCAGAAGCACAAGACCUUCGUUGAGAAGUACGAGAAACAAAUCAAACAUUUUGGCAUGCUUCACCGCUGGGAUGACAGCCAGAAGUACCUGUCGGACAACGUCCACCUGGUGUGCGAGGAGACCGCCAACUACCUGGUGAUCUGGUGCAUCGACCUGGAAGUAGAGGAGAAGUGUGCGCUGAUGGAGCAGGUGGCUCACCAGACCAUGGUGAUGCAGUUCAUCCUGGAGUUAGCCAAGAGCCUGAAGGUCGACCCCCGCGCCUGCUUCCGGCAGUUUUUCACCAAGAUCAAGACCGCCGACCACCAGUACAUGGAGGGCUUCAAGUAUGAACUGGAGGCCUUUAAGGAGCGUGUUCGGGGCCGCGCCAAGCUGCGUAUAGAGAAGGCCAUGAAGGAAUAUGAGGAGGAGGAGCGCAAGAAGAGGCUGGGCCCUGGUGGCCUGGACCCCGUGGAGGUCUACGAGUCCCUGCCCGAGGACCUGCAGAAAUGCUUUGAUGUGAAGGACGUGCAGAUGCUGCAAGACGCCAUCAGCAAGAUGGAUCCUACUGAUGCCAAGUAUCACAUGCAACGUUGCAUCGAUUCUGGCCUCUGGGUCCCCAACUCCAAGUCUGGUGAGGCCAAGGAGGGGGAGGAGGCGGGCCCCGGGGACCCAUUGCUGGAAGCCGUCCCCAAAGCGGGCAACGAGAAAGACAUCAGUGCGUGACCUGCCCCAGCUACUGCCACUGGCCUGCAGGCCUCUGUGGGCCCUUCUCCAGAAAAGGAAACCUAGACACCAUGUUCCUAGCUCCUGACUUCCUUCACUUCUGCUGCCCCUCACAUCCCAACCCUUGGCUUGCCCCAUGUCCCCUCUCCUCCAGCCUGUCCCCAGCGCUCAUCAGACUUCCUGCUUCGGGUUGAGGGGCUCUACUGUCUUCAGCCCCUCCCCCCAUCAGCAUUAUGCCAAAGUCCUGGGGGUCUGGGGAGGGGCAACAGUUGCCAGAUUGGUCCACUGGGUUGGGUAUACACAUGUCCCCAGAUGGGCAGGGUCUGUCCCUAUGGAUCUGUGAUCACUGUUUUUCUUCUGUCUAGCUUUCUAUCCUGCAACUGGCAACAAUGUCUAAUAAACAGUUCCAGGUGCUGGAUG